AUGAAAAAUAAAGUAAAAUAUGAGCCACAGCGCGAUGAAGACUCUCGGACAACAGAAGAGGGCGAUGAAGACAAGAAAUUUCCUUACUGUCUUGUUUGGACACACACUAAAAUGGCGACACGUGUCAACCUGCCCUUUUUGCGCAGCAGUCCUGACCUUAUGGCUACAGCGAACUGGGAUGAACUCCGAGCCGAGAAUCAAGAGGUGUGUAUCUGGGUAGGUUUUGGCUGCUUUCGUGUGGUUGGAAAUGGAAGUGCUCAACAAUGUCCUUUGGAUCCGAGGAUGGGCAUCCUUCUACUGAGAAACUGGUGGUUUCGGCCCAAGCCACAUGGGAACAGUCUUUUCCUGAAGCUGUCGAAGAAAGGCACUUCGACAUCCAAUAGAUUCCAAGGAGUGAUUCUUGGAAUCAAGCUACUCCAAUCGCCUGUAGCAAGGCCGUAGAAAUCCAUAAGCACUCAAGACUGAAGCCUCAAGGAGGAGACAGAGAUACUUGAAGUGGCACAGACCGUCUGGGCUGGAGCCGAAAAGCCGUAGAACCUUCCUUAUGGAGUUCUCUGAUGACUACGCCACCAAUAUGGCUAGCGCCUGACUUUUAAUAAUACUAAGUCUUGUUUGGACACCUCUCUACCUUUAAUCACAGUUAUUUUGCCUUUUAUUGGACAUCUCGGGAUUUGUACAUCAGAAGGAGAAAUUCAUGAUUUUGCAGGGUCAUAUACAGUUAAUGUAGAUAAGAUGGCGUUUGGUGCGCCUACAAAAUAUGCAAAAUUGGAUUUUGCGAAUAAAGAUAUCUGGAAUGGAGCGAUUUUUGAAGGAGACAAACGCUUUAAAGAGGAAGCACAUAAUUUGUGCUGUAAUAAUUGCCAUAGUCAUGUAGCAUAUGUACUAAACCAGGCUGGGUAUAAAGGAACUCAAUGAAAUAUGUUUAAAGUGUUUUGCUUGAUAUCCCUUAAAGGCCAGUAUGUUGGAUUUAAAGGAUUUGCGAAAACAUAUGCAGGGUUUGCAAUUAUGAUACUUAUUUUCUCGAUUUUAAUCUAUUUCCUAUUAGCGUUUGAUAUAAUCUAA